AUGGAGCUGGGAGGGGCCUUCACCAUCUUUCUGGCACUCUGCUUGUCUUGCUUGAUCAUUCUCAUUGCCUGGAAAAGAACCAGCAAGGGUGGAAAGCUGCCGCCUGGCCCAACACCAAUACCCUUCCUGGGAAACAUACUCCAAGUCAGUACUGAUGCCACCUAUCAAUCUUUCAUGAAGCUCAGGGAGAAAUAUGGCUCAGUCUUCACCGUGUACAUGGGACCCCGUCCAGUAGUUGUCUUAUGUGGUCAUGAAGCAGUGAAAGAGGCCCUUGUAGACAAGGCAGAUGACUUCAGUGGCCGAGGAGAACUGGCUUCAAUAGAGCGAAACUUCCAAGGCUAUGGUGUUGCUUUGGCUAAUGGAGAACGGUGGAGGAUUCUCCGGCGUUUCUCACUGACCAUUCUUCGGGACUUUGGUAUGGGAAAGCGGAGCAUUGAAGAGAGAAUCCAAGAGGAGGCUGGCUUCUUACUAGAAGAAUUUCGAAAGACCAAAGGGGCCCCCAUUGAACCCACUUUCUUCCUGAGCCGCACCGUCUCCAAUGUCAUCAGUUCUGUGGUCUUCGGGAGCCGUUUUGACUAUGAGGACAAGCAAUUCCUGAAGCUGCUGAAGAUGAUUAAUGAGAGUUUCAUUGAGAUGAGCACCUCCUGGGCACAGCUAUAUGACAUGUACUCUGGAGUCAUGCAAUAUUUGCCAGGAAGACACAAUCGUGUUUACUACUUAAUUGAAGAUCUCAAGGACUUCAUUGCUGAAAAGGUCAAGAUCAAUGAGGCAUCCUUGGACCCACAAAACCCGCGUGACUUCAUUGAUUGCUUUCUCAUCAAGAUGCACCAGGAUAAAAAUAAUCCCCAAACAGAAUUCAAUCUCAAGAACUUGGUCCUCACCACUCUCAACCUCUUCUUUGCUGGCACGGAGACUGUGAGCUCUACUCUACGCUAUGGAUUUCUCCUUCUAAUGAAGCAUCCAGAGGUGGAAGCCAAGAUCCAUGAAGAGAUUGACCAAGUGAUUGGACCACACCGGAUCCCAAGUGUGGAAGACCGGGUCAAGAUGCCCUACACAGAUGCUGUGAUCCAUGAGAUACAGAGGCUGACGGAUAUUGUGCCAAUGGGUGUCCCCCACAACGUCAUCCGAGACACUGAAUUCCGAGGUUAUCUUCUGCCCAAGGGUACAGAUGUGUUCCCCCUACUUGGCUCAGUCCUCAAAGACCCCAAGUAUUUCCGCUACCCAGAUGCCUUCUAUCCCCAACACUUCCUGGAUAAUCAGGGCCGCUUCAAGAAGAAUGAAGCCUUUGUGCCCUUUGCCUCUGGAAAACGUGUCUGCCUUGGGGAGGCCAUGGCCAGAAUGGAGCUCUUCAUCUACUUCACCUCCAUCCUCCAGAACUUCUCCCUGCGCUCUCUGGUGCCACCUGCUGAAAUUGAUGUCACGCCCAAGGUCUCCGGCUUUGGCAACAUACCUCCCACCUAUGAGCUCUGCCUCCUGGCCCGCUGA